CUUUCCAUUUCACACACACCCCUCCCCCUGAUACCAGAAGAGGCAGAGGCGCUCCCUCGCCCCAGUCCAAACUUCACUCACAAAGCCCGAUAUUAUAUCUGUCAGACAAGACAUCUGCAUGGACAAUCCCGGGACUAAUACCCGUGUUUUCGUGCGAUUUAUGGCGAUGAGGGAUUUCAGAGGCUUAACGCACCUCCGAUUACCAAACAAGGGGCUUUUACGCUCAAUUAUUUGUUAGAGGAAAGAGUGGAAAAGGCCAAGAGGAGUGCAUGUUACUCGGAGGGCUUCAUUUCCUCGAUGCUGCAGAGCAGGAGCUGGAUGACAUGAUGCUGCAGAGCCCGCUCACCUCCACGCCGUUUUCUGUCAAGGACAUCCUCAAGCUGGAGCAGCAGCAACAGCAGCAGCAGCAGUCCGGGACCCUGGAGCUCACACACCGGAUCCACACCCAGCACUUGUCUGGCUCUCCGCAGCAGCAGCAGCAGCAACCGCCGCAUUUCCAAACCGCGCCGUCCUGCAUGCUCGCCGGUGCCCGGGACAGCCCUUCCUUCUCGGACGGAGAAGACAACCUGGCAUACCUCAGCGCGCUUGCAGUGCGAGAGGAGGAACGGGGGGAGACCAGCCUGUCCCCGGACAUGUAUGUGCAUCCCGGCCUGCAGGGAGCCAAACUGGAGGCCGCUGAGCUGGAGGAGCAGGACAGCAAGAACUGCGGGCUGGUGCCCAGGGAGGAGGCAGCCGAGGGCGGGCAGUGUGACUCUGAGAGACCGGUACAGAAGCAGAGGAGCCGGCGGAGACCCAGAGUGCUUUUCUCCCAGGCGCAGGUCUUCGAGCUGGAGCGUCGCUUCAAGCAGCAGCGCUACUUGUCCGCCCCAGAGCGAGAGCAUCUGGCGACCACCCUCAAACUCACCUCGAACCAGGUGAAGAUCUGGUUUCAGAACCGUCGCUACAAGUGCAAACGGCAGCGGCAGGACAAAUCUCUGGAAGCGGCUGGGCAGCAUCAUCCUCCGCCGCCAAGGCGCGUCGCCGUGCCGGUGCUGGUUCGGGAUGGGAAGCCGUGUCUGGGAGGUGCACAGAGUUAUGCCGCCUCGGCUUCUACUCCGUACGGAUCAAAUCCGUACAGCUAUAACGGAUACCCGGCCUAUACGUACAACAGCCCCCCAUAUAACACCAAUUAUAGCUGCACCUACACCAGUAUCCCCGCCCUUCCCCCCUCCGGCACCCCCAGCGCCUUCAUGAACAUGAACUUGGGAAACGUGAGCGGCCUCGGCAGCUCCCCGCAGGCUCAAACACAUCAAGGGACAGCGGUUACAUCUUGUCAGGGUUCCCUGCAGGGGAUCAGGGCCUGGUAGCCUCACCAUAACCGAACAAAUAUCUUUUUUUAUGGAGUUCUUCAAUCCACGUUCUUUUUUAGAAGUGCGCAUUAACUUGGUCAAAAUACAGUCAGAGUACAGUAUUGCUUUUGCGCGUUUGGAUUCACGUUUCCAGGUAUUUCAAGAAUUUUAGAGAAAAUUAGUUUCCGUAAUUGCUGGUUGUCACAUAUCUGAACAGCAGUUGCUUGGGUGAAUUUUUAUUCUGUGGUCCAACAUUUGUUGGUGCUCUAGCAGCAGCACUGAAGCGCAGAGAAGAAAUGGCGCUCAAGUUUGCGGAUUUCUCCUGAUCUGAACUGACAAAGACUUUUUUUUUUUAAUGAUUGUUUUUAUCGUGUUAUAUUUUUAGGUUAUAAAGAGACUGAACUGCUUACAAGUGUUUUUGGCUCAACAAAGAAUUGUUUUAGUCUAUUUCACAUCUAUUCAAAUAAACCCAAGAG